CUCUGCAGAAUGUCUAGCAAAGAGCGCCACCUAGAGUCCAACUGCCCGUCCUACAUUAAGACAGAGCCCUCCAGCCCCGCCUCCCUGGCAGACAGCAUCAACCACCACAGCCCUGGGGGCUCCAGCGACGCCAGCGGCUCCUACAGCUCAACCAUGAACGGCCACCAGAACGGCCUGGACUCCCCCACCCUGUACGGGCCUGGUGCCGGACCCCUGGGCCCCGCAGGGGCCUCCAAGCGCUACGAGGACUGCUCCAGCACCAUCGGGGAGGACUCGCAGAUCAAGUGCGAGUACAUGUUGAACUCCAUGCCCAAGCGGCUGUGCCUGGUGUGUGGCGACAUCGCCUCGGGCUACCACUACGGCGUGGCCUCCUGCGAAGCCUGCAAGGCCUUCUUCAAGAGGACCAUCCAAGGGAACAUUGAGUACAGCUGCCCUGCCACCAACGAGUGUGAGAUCACCAAGAGGAGACGCAAGUCCUGCCAAGCCUGUCGCUUCAUGAAGUGUCUAAACGUCGGCAUGAUGAGAGAAGGUGUGCGUCUGGACAGGGUGCGUGGGGGCAGACAGAAGUACAAGCGCCGGAUAGAUGCUGAGAACAGCCCUUACCUCAACCCUCAACUGGCCCUGCCUGCCAAAAAGCCAUUUCCCUUUGGCUGCCUUGCAGAUAACAAGAUCGUGUCCCACCUGCUGGUGGCCGAGCCUGAGAAGAUCUACGCCAUGCCCGACCCUACCGUCCCCGACAGUGACAUCAAGGCCCUGACCACGCUGUGUGACCUAGCUGACCGCGAGCUGGUGGUCAACAUCGGCUGGGCCAAACACAUCCCAGGUUUCUCCACGCUGUCGCUGGCAGACCAGAUGAGUCUACUGCAGAGUGCGUGGAUGGAGAUUCUGAUCCUGCGUGUGGUGUACCGCUCGCUGUCCUUCGAGGACAAGCUGGUGUAUGCUGAGGACUACAUCAUGGACGAGGACCAGUCCAAGCUGGCAGGUCUACUUGAUCUCAACAACGCCAUACUGCAACUGGUGAAGAAAUACAAAGCCAUGAAGCUGGAGAAGGAAGAGUUUGUCACUCUCAAGGCUAUCGCUCUGGCUAACUCAGACUCCAUGCACAUAGAGGACGUGGAGGCAGUGCAGAAGCUCCAGGACGUGCUCCAUGAGGCCCUGCAGGACUACGAGGCGGGCCAGCACCCGGAGGACCCUCGUCGGGCAGGCAAGCUGCUGAUGACCCUGCCUCUGCUCCGCCAGACCUCCACCAAGGCCGUGCAGCACUUCUACAGCAUCAAGCAGGACGGCAAGGUCCCCAUGCACAAACUCUUCCUGGAACUGCUGGAGGCCAAGGUCUGA